UUUAAAGACUUCAAAUGGUGUACCUUCAGGAAACCGUCUACGUGUAGUAUUCAGUCGGUGCAUUCUCAGGGAAGAACGGUGCUUUUCUUUUCCCCCCUCUCAUGCGAAUCUUGUCCAGCCUGUGGUUCACGCUGCACUGGUGACCGUGUGCGUGAGUGCACGCAGCUGUCUGUCUCCGAGCCCCGGGACCAGGCGAUGGGACGCAUGCGUCGGGCACCCGCGCUCCGCUCCGGGCCGUGUGACUGAGCGAGCCUCCAUUUGAUUGACAGUUGGAGGGCUAGGCGCGGGCACGGAGCGACGCUCGCUCCCCGCUGCGUCACCCUGCCCCCCCCUCACCCCGCCCCUCCCCCCAAUCACCCCCCCCUCCCCCCUCCCCCCCGCACCCCAGCAUUGCCCCGCCAGCAACAUGGCGGCGCUCAGCCCGGAGCCCGGAGCCGCAGCGGGGUUACGAGCCGGCGCCCAGCUCUCCGUCACUGUGGAACACGUCGUCAGCGGCACCUUAGUGGUGUCCACCAACUUCGGAGGCAGCAGCUUCACCGGGAUCCUGAUAGACAUGGCCAAGAAGUCUGGUUUGUAUGGUUUGCUACCAAACCAGUUUCCUGUAGAAUCGUGCACCAGUGAAGUCCUUGAUGGGAAAGAACAGUCAAUCUGUCAGACUGAGUCUCAGCUCUGCAACUUGCAGCAUCCCAAGAUGUCAAACAGAGAACAAGUUUCACCUCUUCAGCCAUUACCAAAAACUGUGCCUUGUUUUCCACCUUAUUGUGAAGGUGUACCUCUGCCACAACCUUUGGUAUUGAGACAGACGUACAAUCAGUGGGUUCCCCAGCCACCACCUCGGACAAUCAAACGCACAAAAAGACGUCUGUCAAGGAAUCGUGAUCCUGGUAAGCUUAUAAUGAGCACCAUUAGAUUGCGACCUAGGCAGGUACUGUGUGAGAAAUGCAAAAACACACUAAAUCGGGAGGAGGAGGAUGAUGACAAAGAUAAACACAGCAAUAAGAAUGAGAAAAAGACUAGUGUGGAAGAAAAUGAAAAGAGGAAACCUGAGGUAAUGUGCUGUGAAAAUAGGAAAAUAAAAAAGGAAAAGAAAGAUGAUAAAUUUUCCAGUGAGAUGGUGCAUCGAAGCCCAGUGAUUAAAAUAUCAUACAGCACUCCUCAAGGGAAAGGGAAGGUUGUGAAAAUUCCAUCACGGGUGCAUGGCUCAGUUGAGCCAUUUUGUCCUAAACGGUUAAUGCAAAAUGAAAGUGUGGACCAGGACAAGAACACACAUUGUAAUGAGAUGGAGGUUCUUCCAGAAAAGUCAUUUUCUAGUCCAUCUGGAACCAUUCCAAAGCUAAAACUAACUAGGCCUUUGCAUUCCAUGGCAGACAUCCCACCACCUAGAAUUCGAUUAAAACCUCAUCGGCUCAGUAACGGGGACAGUGUUGCAAUUUAUAAGGCUGAGCUUGUAGAUAAUAUAAAUAGUGAAGUGCAACCUACAAGGAGGUCAGAUAGUGGUACACUUCAUUCUGAAGAAUCCACAGGAAAGAGUUCAGUGGAGACAUCAGGGAGUUCUGGAGAGGAGGACCAAUGGAGGUACAAAAGGAGUCGUCGAAGCAAGGAUCAAGAUGAUUUGACUGUAUAUUUAAGUUAUAGGAAAAAAAGAGCAGAUUCAUCAAGUCUAUCAGUCUGUAGUAAUGAUAGUCUAGAUGAAUCAAAAUCUUCUAGUUCAGAAAUAACUUCACCAGAAAUAUGUGAUUUUGCACCUGGAGAUGAUGCAUCUGUGUCAUCUUCUUCCAAAGAAGAAAAGACUGUGCCACCCUUAACUGUGAGACUUCAUACCAAAACUGUCACAAAAUGUGUAACAACCGAAGGCAGGACUAUAUCUGUUGGAGAUAUUGUAUGGGGGAAAAUUCACGGCUUUCCUUGGUGGCCUGCGCGCAUUCUUGGCAUUAGUGUUAACAAGAAAGAAAAUGGGACUCCAGUGUGGCAGGAAGCCAGAGUGUCUUGGUUUGGAUCACCUACCACAUCGCUGCUUUCUGUGUCAAAGGUCUCCCCAUUUUUGGAGUAUUUUAAGUUGAGGUUUAACAGAAAGAAGAAAGGAGUGUACCGCAGGGCGAUUACAGAAGCUGCCAAAGCAGCUGAUCACCUGACACCUGAGAUCCGAUCUCUUCUUUCGCAAUAUGAAACCUAACUGAGCCAAAGCAGAUAGCCGAAGAUCAGGAGAAAAAAAAAUCAAUUUCCUCUCAGAUUUAAGUGGCUUUGAUCUUCAGCCAAUACUCCAUUGGAGAAUUUUGUAUGGUAUUUACAAGGCUAUUGGAUCCUGGUGAAUUCUUGUCGACAGUUAUCUUGAAGGAGCCGAAGGACUGGGCUUGAUCUGUGACGUGCGAGAGUAAAGAAUGGAGCAGAAGGAAGUCUGACUUUUCAUCUCGGACUGUUAUUGAUUGUGAUGGAGCCCAUAUUCUCAUGGGUGGACAGUGAAUAGUAUAAUUUGGAAUGUAGCUAUUUAAGUCACUACUCUUUGUCUAAGACUUGUCUCAAUCAAAAUAAAAUUACUGCAAAAAAAAAUUUCCAAGGGUGAGUAAUGGAUAAAGACUAGUCUUUUUAUUUUGAUUCCUGUUUUUUUUUAAAUUAUGUAACGCAGUAGUUUUAAUACAGCAAGUAUAAAAUGUCUCUAAAUACUGCAAUUGCCCAAUUGUCUUACAAAUAAUUGCAGGGCAGAUUGGGCAUUAUUUCUAACUUCAUUAGCAUUUAGCAGCAUAUGAUUAUCUCUGCACUAGAUGCAAGGCUUGCAGAAAGCUUAUGUUGCCUCUUCCUCCAGUAACAUUGGAUGUGUUCCAAAUGCACAAAUAGUGUUGAAGUAGUAAUGGAUUGAAAAUAGUUCCAUAGUGUAAUCUGAAGAUGAAAUUGUAACAUUGAGCUUACAGUGGAGAAGAGUUAUUUAAUAAAAAGAUCAAGUUUCCAGGAGGAGUCCAUAUUGAAUGGCAUUUAAUGUUGACCCUUUGACAUAGAGCAAUAUUAUGGAUGCCAUCGUUUGCUGUUUUCUAAUUACAACCUGUUUUCAGUGUAGAAUGAUGGCUAGCUGUAAUGUUUGUUUUGCACAACAAUGCUAAAAUAACUGCAAAGUAUGAUAUCAUUUUUUUUGAGGAUUUAAUGAAGGGGAAAGUGAAAUUUAGUGAGAAUCAUGUCAUGUUAAGAAUGCUUGCAUAAUGAUACCUGACCUGUUGAAGGGGUUAAUAGAUUUAUGGAGUGCAUUGUUCUUUUGAAUGAUUGGGGGCCCAUAGUAAGUUAUAUUUUGUAUAGUGGAGCUCACUGCUUGUGACAGAGUCCAGUUGGUUUCAAAAAGAUUGGUAAAUUAUUCUAGUGUAACCACUGGAAAAGCAUUACUUGAUGCUUACCAGUGUGUCUUUUACAGUCUUAUUCUUCAGAGCUGCCUUUUUGAGCAUUUUCAUUAUGUGCCAGUUAGUGACCACGUCUUCAUAACAUUUGAGCCAUACACAUCAGGAAGCCAGUCCUAUGUUCUGCCUAAAUUUUGGUCAAGGGUAAUAUUCUUAGUGCCCAGUUGGACUUUGAGACUAUGGAUAGGAGGAGUAAAAAUUCAUUUUUGCUCCUAGCUAUUGUCCAUUUGACCCUGCUGUAAUGUAUUUUGUCUAGUUAUCAAAUCAGGCUAGUCUGAAAUGCACUGUCCAGAAUGUAACGCAUGGACACUUGAGGUUUUGAAGAUUAGUUUUCGGCAGAACUGAAUUGAAGCACGAGUUGGUGCCUUCGGUCGAGAAAGGGAGAAUUGAAGAAAUGGAAUAAGAAAAUAGUUUACAAGCAGCUAUUUUGUGUGGAAUGUAUUUGAUAUCUUGGACUAAGAUCAGCAAACAUUUUCUGCAGGAGUUGAGAAUGUUGUUAUUUGAAGUGACAUUCUCGGUGGUGUCCACUUCUCAACCUUCCUCUGAUCCAUUUUUCUUAAGUGUACAGAUGACCUGUUCCAAAUACAUAAGAUUUUGGGAUAAUUCAGUUGUCAAUCUCUUUAUACAUAUAGGAAGCCUGAAGACUUAUCUGAAAGAUUCCACCACAUUCCCAGUGCCCCAUUUUUUUUUUGUUGCAAAAUCCUGCAUGAGGUAUGUAAGCAAACUUCAGUGAUCAAUGUCAUACAAAUAAAUUUUAAAAUUUGGUCUUCUUUGUAACUGAUUUGUAUAUUUUGUUCCUGCACAAUCUUUGUCCUUUUUGCCUUUUUCAUCUUGUAAUUGUUUGCAAUACCUUUCUCAGAAGACAUGUUUUAAAGAUUUGUUUUUUCAUUAUUAAAUAGAACAAAGUUACUGAUUUGUUUCUUAAUCCAAAAAGUAGCUCUAAACAUUUGUAUUAUUUGUUUAAAAAUCCUUCUAUUAUGCAAAAUGGUUAAGUGGAUUUUUUUUUUAAAAAACCUGGUUGUUGCUAGCUGGAGUGGAUAAAUUAUAAGAUCUUGUGCUGGUAGUCCAGUCAUGGGAAUUUUUAAAUUUAAAGCCUGUGUACAGAUGUUUUCUCCAACAAAUUACCAGUUAUUGUAACCAAGUGCUAAAGGCAUUUUCCUACCUGUACAGAUUCAGUCACUGUCUGUUGCCAUUUGAUUUUGAUUUCAGGACACCCGUUUAUCGUGGUGGGUAAUCAAAAGAUUGGACUCCUUUUGUGAAUCUGUGCAAGUGUUGAAACUAACACAUUGUCGAUUUACAGUACCAAAGCUGUCAUUUUUUUGGAAAAGACCAUUGAGCAGAAAAAUGAACCCAGAAGGAAAGCUCUAAUUCCUGCUUAUUAAUUUUUAUUUGCAUACAGAGUUCCACUGUAUUAAAAAUAUGCUCUGAUGAUCAAAGGCUACUGCAAAGUGUGUAUGUGUGCACGUGUGUCUCUUCACAGUUAUAGACAAAGUCAACUCCUCCACUUGCAUUAGCAUGAGCAAACCAAAUGGAUUUGGGUAAAACAUUAAACGAUUCCCUGGAAUAAUUAACAAGCUGUGACAUGUAUGGGACAGCAUAGAACCUCAACUUCAAAGACCCUGCACUGAAAAUGUCAGUCUUAAAUUGGAUUUAAUUUCCUGGAUGGUAAAUUGCAGUGAGCGAUAUGUUUACAUACUGUGUACAGGAAAAAUUUUAUUUUGUGAUUGUAUCAGUUAAUUUUAAAAUGUGCGCUGCUGUACUUGUAAAUGCUAGUGAAUUGUAUUCAGUCUCUGUAUGACUUGCUUUCCAACAGAUUGAAUUUGUGUAUUUACUAGUGCACUUCCACUGUACAAACUGCUGAUUGGGAGUAGCAACAGCAAGGUGAAAAGCUAAUCAGCAAUAAAGUCUAUUGAAACAC